AUGAACUUACGCAUACCAAUCGGGUUUAUAACUCUGAUAAUCGCCAUGAUUAUGUCAGCCUUUGUAGUCUUUGACUUAACGAGGCACAUGGGAAAAACCAAUGACGGUAUAAUAGAAGCAUUGCUCGAUACAAGGGGAUAUCCAGAGCCCCAACAGCACAUGCCAUUCGCAAACAAAGAGCUAACUACAAAUAACGCCGCAAACAUGGAAGGUGAUGUAAAGCCCCAGCACCACGACACGCCAUUCGCAAACAAAGAGCCAACUACAAAUAACGCCGCAAACAUGGAAGGUGAUGUAAAGCCCCAGCACCACGACACGCCAUUCGCAAACAAAGAGCCAACUACAAAUAACGCCGCAAACAUGGAAGGUGAUGCAGAGCGCCAAAACUGCUGGGUGUUCUUAAAAAAAGGUUCACCUAAAAACUACAUCAUAAGUAAGUAUGGUGAACACAAAAAUGCUUUGUGCUUUGUAAAAGACCUAGACAGCCCCAUUUCAAAAGUGGACUUAAAGAUAGACUUUGAGCAAUUCGGUGCAAACGAAACAUCCGAAAUAGAGAUCAAGUACAAGCUCCUGAACGGGGACAAUCUGCGAAAAAACUUUGCUAAAUACAAGAAAAACUGUAUUUUUGGCAAGGUAGACCCAAUUGUCGAGAAUUCUGUGGAAAUGUCCAAAUUCUUGUGUUUUGCCUCAGAGCUGGCGUAUACGAACUUUUAUGCAAAUAUAAUUGCAGACAGGAGGUUUAUCGAGCGUAAGAGUGGGCUUUUGAAGGAUGAUGAUGAACUGAAAAAAAUUCUCUAUUUCGGGUGGGAGUCUUGCCUUUGGUCGGAAAAUUACUACGCAUCGCUGAAUGAACUUUUAAAAAAUGUUUUCCAUGAAAAGAACUAUCCUGAAAUAGAAGCCUUUCGGCAGGUUGAGCUUCUUGGAGGUCUUGCAUUUGUGUAUGACGCCGUGAAAUUUAACACAUUCAACACGAUAGAGCUGAUAAUUUCAAGGUACCAGCAGACUUUGAGGGUCUUUGAGGACGAGAAGAACCUGGAAGAUAAGCUGCACAAGCUAGCAGCAAUCCAGCUUAGAUCAAAUGCAUACUCUCUGUUAGACUCUUUAAUGCUUCUAGACUAUAUUCUCGAGAGCAUAAAAAAGAUAUCCAAAGAAUAUGAGGGAUUCGUUAAGGAAGGCAGCAUUUCGGCUGCAGUGGCAGGGACCAGAGAAGUGCAUGUGCUUAACUUCUCCAUCAUGGACAGCCUAAAUAACAGCACCUUCAGAAAAAACAAUAUAUUCACGAAGCAGAAGUUUACCUGGACAAAUUACAUCGACAUAGAUAGGAAUGUGACCGAAACAUUACAACAUGAGAUAAGCGCGGCUUGGGAAUCUCCGAAAACGAGCAUGAAGGAAGACUUGGAGAUGCUUUGGGAUCUUCUGAAAAUGUUAAAAACACGUUUGGGAACAGGCCAGACCUCCAUAUUAGUGAAAGGCAUGUCUCUGGAUAAAGCAAGUUCUGAUGGUGUGAGGAAUAUCAUGAAAAGUAUUUAUGAUAGGAUUUUAUGGCUGCAACUUGGCUACAUUUCUGCUAUUACAAAAUUCGAUGGUAAGAUAAGCGAUUUCUGCAAAAACAUACCACUUUACUGUUUGUCGGAUGUGCAUGAGUAUGAAUCGAUGCCAAAUAACCCAAUGAAAGGCAAGGUUGCGCUAGAAAAACACAGGAGUGCCUACGAAGAAGCCCUGGUAUACAAUGAUACAUCCACAGCACCGGCAAGCAAUCCCAGCACAACAUAA